AUGCCUUCUACCGUCCCAGCUGUUGCUAGCGAGCCUAUUGCCGCCAACCGCAAGGGAUCGGUCGCUUCGGCAGCAAAAACUAUCUUUGAGACCGCAGCCGAAUUUGAUGCAAAGCUGCCUGGCUAUCCUGUACGCUCGUUUGACGAUGUGGUGGCUGGUAUUCUGGAUGAUGCCGGAAACCACACCGGCAAGGAUGAGUAUCAACGCUUCAAGCAAGCUGUUGAGAAGCUUUCUCCUACUCUCCGGGCGUCCUUUGAAGCAACAAUGAACGUGCUUCGUCAAGAUGGCCCCAACUGGGCGACAUCUCGCUUCGUAGCCUUUUUCCUUUCUCUGAGAACACCUCUUGGUGAGAACAGCAUCACUGGAUACCAACGGGUCAAGGCCAAUGACCAGGCCACAACCGCAGCCAUUGUGCUUCACGGACUCGCUCGCCUCUAUAUUGACCCUUCAACGGCUGAAAUUGUUGGCAGCAACCGUGCAGGCAAGCGAUUCGAGCUGACCCAGCUCACUGACUUGCUCAGCACAUGUCGAAUCCCCGGAGAAAAGACAGAUACUCUCCGCCAUUCUCAAAACUCAACCCAUGUCACUCUUUGGUCAAGAGGACACGCAUAUGCCAUUGACAUCAUUGACUCUGCUCGUCAACCAGUAUCUGUCGGCACUCUUGCUGCCACGGUCCAGAAAAUCUUGGAUAUUUCUUCCAAGAAAGAGCAACGCCAGACUUCGGUCGCCACGCUUUCUUCCUAUCUGCCACGUGACCAGUGGGCGGCUGCUCGUCAGGAGCUGCUCGCCACCAAUGAAUCUUCUUUCGAUAUCAUCGAGUCUGCUAUCUCAACAAUUGCGCUUCACGAAUCUGACCCGCCAACCACAGACGAGAGACUUCGCCUUGGCCGUGCAGGAGAGCGGAAUCUCCACGCCGAUCAGACACUUGGAUUCACCGUGUUUAGCGAUGGUGGCGUGUCUGGCCGUGUUGACCACACAAUUGCUGACGGUGGUGUCUACGGCUUUUUUGGCCAAAUUCUGACUGAGCACUGGGCUGAGGUUGCUAGCACGGCCAACAGCACGGCUGAGCCUGAGACCAUCAAAGAAGUCGAAUUCUCUGAACUAAAGAACUCUGUGUCUCCACCCCCAAGCUUGCCAAAAGCCCGUGCUAUCUUUGAUAUCCCCCAAAAUGCGGAUGUCGUUGAUCUUCUCAGCGCCACGAAGAUGUUGAAUAUAACCCUUCAGCUCGCUUUCCAAGCAGCUUUUGCCUAUCUCUACAAGGAAACGGACACAAUGAUGAGCGAGCCCACUUCAGUCAGAGCCUUCCGCAAUGGACGAUGCGACCCGAACUAUAUCUUGACAAAAGAGUCGGUUGCAUUGUCGAAAGCACUGUGCUCCGGUGCUCCAGUCGAGCAGAUCAUGGGUCUGUUUGCUCAAGCGAACAUGAAGUACCAGAAGUUGACACGCCAGACACGUGAUGGUGCUACAACCGGUCCCAGCAUUGCUGUCUUGCGCAAUGUCGUUGAGCAGCUUCCUGAAGGUGACGAGAAGGACACAGUGUUGAAUGUGCUCCGUCUGUACCAGAAACCUGCUGUUUUCUUCACCGGCUCGGCUGCCACUCCGGGAGCUAUUGCUGCUGAAGCCUUCAUCUUUGCCCCUGAUCAGUUGUCUUUCAGCUACUGCGGAGCAGGUAACCGCCUGACUUUCUGUGUUGCUGGUUCGGGCAAGUAUAUGCCAGGAAUUGAGCAUCUCAAGCCGGUCUUUGAGAAAUUCUUGGUCGGAUUGGGCAUGGUGGCCACUUCAAUGGCCUGUGUCGAAGCCAUGUACCCUUCUCGUGGACUAGAAAUUCUCACCAAGUAUGGAGUCGGCAAGGACAAGGCCAUGGAGAAGGGCGCUAUCGCCAUCCAUGCCGGUGCCGGAGAAGAGUACGGCGGCUCCUCUCAUGAGAAGAAGCUUGUCGAGUUCAUCAUGUCGGUUGUCACCUUUGUCGGCCAGCAAGAAGUUGAAGCCGGGGCUUCUUCUGUCGAUGUCGCUCAAAACUGUGUUGUUGCUCUCGAGAACUGUGUGUUUUUCAAUGCCGGAAAGGGAGCUGUCUUUACAUUGGACGGCCGACACGAAUUGGAAGCGAGCAUUGUAGAUGGCAAGACUGGCGAGAGCGGUGCUGUUGCAGUGUUGAAGUACACCAAAAACCCGAUCAUCGCAGCACGAGCUGUUAAGGACCUAUCGGCUCACCCUUUCCUGACUGGAGCUGGCGCGGACGAAUUCGCAGCUUCCACCGGUUGCGAGCAGGUGCCCAACAAGUACUUCCAUUCUCACUCUCGUGAGGCCCAGCUUGCCGCAGUGAGCCAUGACACCAUCGCUAAGCUUCACCCCCAGACCGUCGGGGCUGUGGUCCUGGACGCGGCCGGGAAUCUUGGUGUGGCCUCGUCAACUGGAGGCGUUGUUGGCAAGGAAGCCGGCCGCAUUGGAGACACUGCAGUUGUUGGCGCCGGGGUGUUUGCUGAUCACGAAGUCGCAGUCGCUUGCUCCGGACAGGGUGACGCAUUCCUUUCGCGAUCAAUUGCCAGUAGGUUGGCUUUGCAGCGAGGGUUCACCGACAUGCAGACAAUCCUAGACGACCUCACCCAGCAGACUCAGGCUACUGGAGCUGCCAUCAUGCUCGAAAAGGAUGGCAAGAUCCGCAUUGGACAAAGCUCCAAGGCCUUCUUCGUUGCUGGAGCAGAGAAGGGUGCCCAAGCCUGGUCGCGUGUGCGCAUCCCAACUGAAGACGAGACGACAACAUUCUUCGACGAUGAAAACGUCAGUGCUCGUCUGUCAACAAGCCCUGUGACCAAGGGCGAUACUGUUGUGACAACGAAGCUCGGUGAUCUGUCGAGCUUGAGCCAUGAUGACCUCAUCGACACUAUUCUUGCCGCGAAGAGAGCAGCAACUGUUUUGAAAAAGGGGACAGAUGUCCAGCGCGUUUCUUUGGUCGCAACUGGUGACAACCAAUUGAGACUGAUUCCUCUUCAUGGACUGUCUUCUGAAUGGAAGCCAGUCACCAAUGCUGAGGAAGAGUUCAGUGAGAAGUUCCCGGGCUACAUCCACUCCAAGAACGGCCCUAAGCAGUCUGCAGAGGCCUUGGAGGCAGUUCGCGCCAAGGUUUCUACGAAGAACCCGCCCGCCAUAGACUACUCUUUCCAUGGAGAGGCAGACGACAGCAAUCUUUUUGCCAAGAUUGUCAGAGGAGAGCUGGAACAGUGGCGCCUCUGGGAGAGCAGCACCCAUGUUGCCUUCCUCACACCCUUUGCAAACACUCCUGGAUUCACUGUUGUUGUGCCUCGCAGCCAUCUGUCCAGUGACAUUCUGGAACUGUCGGAUCCCGACCUGUACGAUCUUACCGAUGCUAUCUUUGAGGUGUCGGAAUUGCUCAAGACUUCACUCGGUGUGAAGCGUGUUGGUAUCAUCUUCGAGGGCUUCGAAAUUGAUUAUGCCCACGCCAAACUCAUCCCGAUUACGGAAGAUGGCGCUAGCAGCUUGGAUACAAACUCUGUUGCAGAAUACUAUGAGACUUAUCCUGGCUUUGUUACUUCCAAGGCUGGUCCUCAGGUUUCUUCUCAGGCUUUGGCUUCUCUCGACCAGAAGCUGGAAGAGGUUUCUGCUACAACAAAGACCAUCAUUCCAUCCAAGACAUGGGAAAACCCCAAGACCCACGGAACGCAAGCUCUGAAGUCUCCGUGGUACCAGAGCUACUACAAGAUCCAAGACACAUUGUUCCAUGAGACUGUCAACUUCUUCCGCGGAAUUGGCUACGAGUAUGCCAUUACCCCUGUGACCACCGACUGUAUCUCGUCGCCUAUGGGCCUGGGAUCCGACUCCUCUCCAGUGACUGUUAACCUGAUGGGUCAAGACACCUACCUAGCCGACAGCAUGCAGUUUACGCUGGAAUACCUACUCCGAUUCAACAAACAUUGCCCUGGAUCGUACUACAUUGCUCCGUCUUUCCGUGGUGAAGACCCUGACUCCACCCAUCUCAACCAGUUCUUCCAUGUUGAAUGUGAGUUGCGGGGUACUUUCGACGACGGUAUCAAGACCGCUGAGGAAUACGUUGUCAACCUUACGCGUGCUUAUAACUCUCUUCAUCGCUCCAUGAUUCAGAAGAUGGCUGGUACCACUGCCCACAUCGACCAGUUGCUAUCUAACUACGAUUCUACCAAGGGAUUCCCCCGCGUCGAACUUGAUGCUGCCAUCUCAGAGAUGCCUUCUGGUGACUGCUGGGAGUGGGUUGAGCCGUCUGACCACUCUCUUGGUCGAAAGCUUACCAGGAAGGGCGAGCGCGUUCUCAUUUCACGCUACGGUGGAUUUGUCUGGCUUACAGAAAUGGACCACCUCAGCGUGCCAUUUUAUCAGGCAUACAGUGAUCCUUCAAGCAAGGACAAGGCCCUGGCCGCGGAUCUGCUCUUGGGUCUCGGCGAAACACUCGGUCUCGGCGAGCGCCAUGCUACUAGCGAGGAAGCUGGUGGCGCUUUGGAUCACCACCAUGUCCCACGCGACAGCUACCGCUGGUACUUGGAUAUUCGCGAUGUGAUGCCUCUCAAGACAACCGGAUGGGGUAUGGGAAGCGAGCGAUACCUUUGCUGGCUCCUUGGACAGGACGAUGUUCGUGAUAUGGCAUUGAUCCCCCGUCUGAAGGGAAAGCAAUAUUUGCCUUGA